AUUGAACUUGAACCAAACUCACCUUGCAUUAUUGGGAACAAGGUUUCGACUUGGACGAUCCAGACUGGUCACUUGUCAGCUGGAGGCGCGAUUCACUGCUUCGGGAGCGGGAUUGAUACACGCGUCGGGGUGCUUCCACCGCUUUCUUUCAUGUCAUCUUUCUUUUUUCGUGUUUUCCUGCUCGGAUCGCGUUGCUAUAGAGGCGAAGGUUCAUGCUAGCUGCUAGCACGACUGCUUAGACCCGCGACGAUGUCGGUACGCGUCGUCGCCAGGAUACGUCCGCUCCUGGAGAAGGAGAUCGAGAAGGACAUCAUCGUCCACGCCGACGGCGGCGAGGACGGCAGACCGCACAAUGUCGUCAAGAUCCCGAACCCCAAGAACGACACUGAGGAGUUCUCCUUCACCUUCAACAGCGUCUACGACAUGUCGACCGGCCAAGAGACGCUGUUCACAGCCGAGAUCGCGCCUCACGUCAAGUCCCUCUUCCAAGGCCUCGAUGUCACCAUCUUCGCGUACGGCGUCACGGGCACUGGCAAGACACACACGAUGCGCGGCGGACUUAAGCUGGCCGAUCGCGGCGUGAUCCCCCGCAUGCUCAGCUCAAUCUUCCGCCGAGGAAAGAAGAUCGCGAAGGACACCGAUGGCGAGACGAACGUCGAGGUCGCACUGUCGUACUACGAGAUCUACAACGAUAAGGUCUACGACCUGCUCGAGCCGCCCGAGAAGCGCACACCGACUGGCCUGCCCUUGCGGGAAAAGGACAACAGGACACAGGUUGUCGGCCUAUCGGAACGCUCGUGCGUCGACCUCAAGGACUUCGAGAAGCUCUACAUCGAGGCCAACAACAACCGUGUCACAGCCGCUACCAAACUCAACGCACACAGCAGUCGGAGCCACGCGAUCCUGCGUGUCAAGGUGACGCAAACCUCGGCCGCUGAAGGCACCGUGCGUGAAAGCACUGCCUCGGCCAUUGACCUUGCCGGGUCCGAGGAUAACCGGCGGACCGACAAUGGAAAGGAGCGCCUUGUCGAGUCGGCUGCGAUCAACAAGAGCCUGUUUGUCCUGGCCAAGUGUGUGGACGCCAUCGGAAAUGGUAGCAAGCGGAUCCCCUACCGCGAGUCCAAGAUGACGCGCAUUCUGUCUUUGGGACAGAACAACGGCAUCACGGUCAUGAUUCUCAACCUUGCCCCUCUCAGGAGCUACCACCUCGAUACGCUCAGCAGCCUCAACGUAAGCUCGCGUGCGAAGCGCAUCGAGGUGCGCGAGAUCGAGAACGAGGUCGUCUACAAACAGUUCCCCCGCAUCAACUCGGGCCUGUCCGGCACCGGUGUGGUGCGCCAGCCACUGAAGCUGCUGGCCAACUCGCACAACUUGGCAGCUGGGGCUGCUGCUGCGGCUAAGGCGCAAGCCGAGGCGAAUGCUGACAAGCCCCCAGAGAAGGAAAAGCCCGCCAAGGCGUUUGCAGUCUACCAGAGCCCUGUCAAGGUCUCUAAGCCAACAUCGCUGCCCACAGCUCUGGCGACACGCCCCGUGAACACUACCAACGUGGCCAACACCUCGAUCCCCAGAAGCCCUAUCAAGCGCAAGCCUGGAGUCGCUGAGCUUUCCCUGCCACGUCCUUCCAAGCUCGUCCGCCCUUCGCAACUACCGUCUCGCCCGCCCGCCGUAGCGCUCGCCCCGCCGCAACCCGCGGUGCAAUCCAUAACUGCCGAGCAGAUCGAGGCUAUGGUUGAACGCAAGGUCCAAGAAGUUCUGGCGGCCCGCGCGGCCGCUGAAGCAGAACAAGCGCUGCCUACCCCGGCCAACGCGGUACCGACACCCCUGGGUAACGAGAUCAGCGAGGCUGUCCAGAAGCGGCUCGACGAUCUGGAACGCAAGAUACAGGAUUCGAGCAGCGGCAGAGCUGGCGGUGGGGACGAGAGCCGUUCUGAGGGUCUCCGAUUCCUGCUGCAGGCGCGCCAGCUCAAAGAGCACGGCGACGACGAGGGCGCUCUGCGCGCUUAUGAGGCAGCCCUCCCUUUCUUCCCUGGCCAAGCCAAGCUGAUGGCCAAGAUCAACCGGAUGCGGGUGAAGCUUGCUGCAAAGUCAGAGGGCGAGGCAGGCGAGGCUACGGCGUUCAGCAGCGCCGGGAGGAAGUCGCGCGGAUCUCCACGCAAGCGGAGCGGCAGGAAGCCGGCAGCGCACUCGGAGGUUGAGGCUGACCCCGACUUUGACGGCGAGGCGGAUGUGGACGAGGAUGGCGACUGUGGCACGGCCGCGUCCAGCACGGGCAAGCACUCGAAAAAGGCGGCCCGAAAGCCUCGGACCAAGGCUGGCAAGAUGCGCACCGACGACCCCGAGGUCGGCGUUGAGGGCGACGACGAGCGCGAUAGCCCCCUCACCCCGCGCAAGAAGAAGCUGCUCGAGAUUGUCAACUCGCGCGACCCGGUCCUGAUCCGCAGCCUGGCCGGCUUUGGCGCCAAGAAGGCCAAGGACCUGGUCGACAACCUGGCCAUGGGCGAGGCCGACGGCGACGCCCCGACGGCCGCGGCUGGCGAAAUUGUCAACCUAGCGCAGCUCCGCGCCCUUCCUGGAAUGGGGGGCCGGACUGUGGACAGGGCGUACGAGGGGCUUGCGGCUACGGCCGUUGCCGCUUGAGCUUCAUCAUUCUUUCGCUUCUCCUCGUCCUCUUCCCCAUUUUUCUGCCACCGCGAUUCCUGUUUUCGCUCAGCUCCCGUUUUUGUCACGCAGUGCUCCCUUUUGGGGGCAUUUUUUUUUUUUUUGAAUUAAUCGAGCUGUGGCUCCUGCUGGCAUCCCUCGCUCGUUCGAGGCAUACUUGCGUCUCGUUUCGUCUCCUCUGCAUCCAACCGAUGUUGGCAUCGCAUCAUAGCAUUGGCGUGGCGUUAAUCUUUACUGGGCUGUCCGAGAUCCCUUUCCUCUGCCCUAUUGGGCACCAUCUGGGCAAUUGAUUUUUAAUGCAUCCACUCGUCCCUUUCCAUGUGCCUCUCCCCAGAUCGCCCCGCAUAGAUUUCUUUUUUUGCUCCGUUGGACAUAUGCAGCCUCCGAGACCGCCAUUUCACUGGAUGUUUUCCUCUUUGCGGUCACCUCGUUCGCAUAAAAUUUGGACCUGCGGUGAACGUAACCUGCAUCACAUCACCUCAAGCAACCUCGGAAAAAGUUCAGGCCGGACACGGUUAUCCGCUUACCGCUACUAAUUGGACUUCCCUUUGUUAUUUUCGAUUCUACUUGUAUGUAUUUAAUUCACCCUUAGCGCUAGCCACAAAUGAGACGCCGGAGCUGCCAAAAUUCAGCACACAAAGAUUGCCAGAGACGUCCG